AUGCUAGUGUGUGAAUUGAAAUUAUGUUAACGUGAUUGAGAAAAUUGUUUCUGUCUAUGUAUAUGUAAUAACGUCGGUAUUUUCGCUUUUAUUCUGAAGAUCUCCGGCCGGAACUGGCCGAUUUACCUUGGUGCUGCUGGAGGAAUAGCUAACUUGUCAGGUGUCCUCCUAAAAUAAGCACAUCGGGCUGAAAGAAACGAGGCUGCGCUGCGGGAGCAGAGUCGGUGAACGUUAAGGUUUUGACAGAUAUCUGACCCGGUUCGGGCCAGCUCACGUUCGGAGCCGUACAAUCUUCUGUUGGACGCUCCUUGCUGCUUCCAGGUUUGCGUCGGGCCCGUUGCCCUCUCCGCAUUGAGGAAAUCUCCAUCACUCGCCGCUUGGCUCCAUCUUCACCGAGCGCACGUUGAAACAGUUUGCGUCCUGUUAGUGAACCGGAAUAAGCAGCAUCCAGACAGACUUCCAGUCUGUGCGUCUCCUCGUUCAGUGCUGCCUGCUGUAAGGUGAUGGCUGUUUUCUUGGUGCCUGUCUCCUUGCUGCUUCUCUCCAUCCACACUGCCAGUCACGCGUCUCCUUCCUGCCCUGUCAGUUGUCGCUGCUACAGCCUCACAGUGGAGUGUGGCUCCACCAGCCUGAGGGACGUCCCCAAACACGUCCCCCCAUCAACACAGACCAUCUUCCUGCAAGACAAUCUAAUUGGUCAGAUCCGUCGACAGGACUUCUCUCUGCUGAGGCAUCUGCACUACUUGUACCUUCAGAACAACACCAUCUCAGCAGUAGAGCCCAGAUCUUUUCAGAACCAGGGGCAGUUGCUGGAGCUGGCCCUGAAUGGGAACCAGAUUCAUCUGGUAACGCCUGACAUGUUUCAGGGACUUGAACAUCUCCGUAUUCUUUACCUGUCUAGAAAUGACAUUACUCGUCUGCUGGACUACACCUUUCGCGGUCUUCAGCGUCUGCAAGAGCUCCAUUUACAGCACAACAGUAUAGAAGUGUUAGCAGACCAGGCUCUGUCAGGCUUGUCUUCUCUGGCUUUGCUGGACCUGAGCAGGAAUAACCUUCACAGCAUGGGCCCUGCAUCCCUCCGGCCUCUGGUCAGCCUGCAGGUGCUGCGAAUCACAGAUAAUCCGUGGCGCUGUGACUGUGCUCUGCACUGGCUGAGGAGCUGGAUUGAUGAGGCAGGCCAACGGCUGCUCAGCUCUGCAGAACGUCGCCUGGUGUGUACCGAGCCUCCACGGCUCUCCCACCUCAGCCUGGUAGAGGUUCCACUCAAUAGCCUGGUGUGCAUCCCUCCUCUGGUGCAACUGGAGCCCAAGAGGUUGGCCGUGCACCUGGGUGAAAGCCUCAGGGUGUCCUGCCACGCUUCAGGUUACCCUCGGCCUCAGGUGACAUGGAGGAAGGCCUCCCCAGGUAAAGUCAUGCUGUCUCCCAGAGGCCUGGUUCAGGAGCUGGGUGCUGCAGGAGGUGGUGUGGAGGGGGCAGAGGAGCCGUCCGAGGGCAGAGUCAAUGACGGCGAGCGCUUCGACCCAGACACCGGCAGUGGCAUGCUGUUCCUCAGCAACGUGACUGUGGCUCAUGCUGGCUUCUAUGAAUGUGAGGCUUGGAAUGCAGGGGGCGUGGCCAGGGUGACCUUCCAGCUCGCCAUUAACUCGUCCACAUCCUCCUCCAUUUGGGCCUCAUGGUCCCAGGUCUCUGUGCCGUUCUCCCCCACGUGGCCCCGUCUGAGGAGCUACGGCCCGGCUCAGGGCUCAGACGUGAGCCGUGAGCCCCUGUAUGCACUGGGCAGCAUGGCCUUUAGUGCUCUGGGAGCUGCCACUCAAACUGCCAUCGCUGUAGGCAUUUCCCUGCUGGCUCUGACGGCCCUGCUGUUAGUUGCCAUGAUCUACAGCCGACACCACCAACAAGACAAGGAGACUGACCCGGCUGAGAAGGAGGAGAGCAUCUUAUAUGUUAAUGACUACUCUGAUGGGCCCACCACCUUUGCUCAGUUGGAAGAGUACCGGGAUGAGCGUGGCCACGAGAUGUUCGUCCUCAACAGGGCUAAACCUGUCCUGACUCCGGCCAUGUUCACUUCCAACCUGGGCCCCACCCCGCCCGAUGUCUCCAGCCACACUCUGUCCUCGGGGCCUGGUCAGAUCAUAAGUCCCACAUUAACCCCCAAAAAACAGCAGCAGCAGCAGCAGGAGGAUGUACGAACCAUGAGGCGGAUGGCAGGGGAGGGAGGGGAGGCUGAACCUGUGAUUACAUCAGAGGCCGAGGGGAUGUUGCUGAAUCACACAGGCCUGUUCAUUGACUCUCAGAUUGCCUAUGAGAUCCACUGCUAAAUAGGACCCAUCUUCAAAAAUGAAGACACUGGUUUACAACAAACUUCCUUCAGGGUGCAGCGCCUGAAUUUUGACACAAAGGACUCAGCCCAAUGAAGGAUGUAUUGUCUAAAAGAAUCUACAGGGAUGGAGAAGGUCUACAGAGGUGUGCUGUCCUGCAUGAUGCCAUGGUGGCGGCACAUCAGAUGUCCUCCACUUAGUAGUGUGUGGACCCAGUGUACCUCUAAUUGCUCAGUGUCCAUCAGAACUGCUUUGAUCUUACAUUCCUUAUCACAGCUUUAAAGCCGUCCUCUCCAAAGCUUGUUGCUUCUUUGUUUCUGAGUUAGCUAAAGGACAAACCGUGCAAUCGUUCACUCACCAAGCAUGUUCAAGAGUCUUUAAGAUUAUUAAGGUGAGAAUGUCAGACUGUGCAGAUCAUUGAAAGCUGGACAGCAUCAGCACGCUUGGACAACUUAUUUAAAGGUCAUGGAUGAAUCAUCAUGAAGAGACUCAACCCAUAUUGGAUAUGAGUGUAAGUGGCAGCUUUUUAGGAUGUUUCUGUUGGACAAUAAGCCAUGGCGUUACUUAAUCUGGGAUGAUAUGAGCCUCCAGAAGUGGAGGGCAUGAACUGAACACAGUGGAGUCACAGAGGGACUAGUAGGAUGCAAGUGUAAAAGCCUAAUUCCUGAAGAGCUGUAGCCUCAGUGAAGGUGGAGCUGCGUGCUUCAUUCAUGCUUGUUUGCAGUGACAGGGUUGGUCGUCUCCGCCUCCAUAGUUACUGUUGCUACUGCUCGCUUCCACGAUUCAGAGAGAUAUGCAGCUGUUCCUGCUGAAAUAUGAUGUUCAAAUCUUUAAACAUAAUUAUUUACUGCAUCAUUUACUGUUCUAUAUGUAGCUGUAGUAGGUACCAGGAAACAAAGUCGAUUUAUUGUAGCCACAUCUACAUCCGGUGAUUCAAAGUAAAUGUGCUAUGCCCAGAGGCUCCUCCCACUGUAGUCCCGAGUAUAAAUAUGAAGUGUAUUAAGCUGCUGCACAGUUUGAUUUGGUGUAGCAGGAUCAGUGGUUGAUGCUGUGAGAGUUAGUUCAGUGUUCAUCUGUUCAGCGUCUCAGCUUUCAUGGGUAAUUGGUUCAGAUGAUGCUUGGAUGAAUUUGUUUGUACAGUGAGUAUUUAGGCUUUCCUCUGUUUCCAGUUUUCCAGGUUUUUCACGUUUCAAAGCAAGACUAUUACAUUUUAUAUUCGUUCACCUUAUAGCGAUAGAAGCCGGUGAAUCAGGAUGACAUGGAGCUUCCGGUACAGGAACGUCUAGAAGCACAGCAGCACUUUUAUGUUUUAGGUCCGUUUAACUUAUUACAGUCUUAAAUUUACUGUGUGUGUGUGUGUGUGUGUUUGUGCUUUAUUUCUCUAUUUAUUGUCUGAUUUGCAAAUUGUCCCCAUUCAUAAUCAGUUCUACAUUUAUAGGCUUUUCAGUAUUUCACAUUGUUCUGUCAUUUCUUUUAUUUUGAAAGGAUUUGGAAGAAGUGUGGGGGGAUAAUUACUAAACUAUAAAAUAAUCUCAUUAAGUAGUGAUAUUUAUUCAGUCAAAGCCAGAAAUCUUAAAGUUAAAGUUUUACAUUGCUGCUUUUAUUUUAAAAGGAUUUGGAUAAGGUGUGAGCAAUUGGUAGACUGUAAAGCAUUCUUAAUAAUUACCCAUUCAGAGGCCUAAAAGUGACUAAGCUAAUAAAUUGAAUUGGUGCUUUUAUUUUAAGAGGAUAUGAAAAAAGCGUGUGUACGUACUUUCUAAAUUUUAAAAUAGUCUUAUUAAGUACUCAUUAAGCAGUUGAAAGCAGACAUUUUUAGCUAAAGAUCUAGAUUAGCGCUUUUAUUUUGAAAGGAUAUGGUGGAAGCCUGUGCAAAAAUAUAACUAUUUUUAGCUAAAUAUCUGGAUUGGGGCUUUUGUUUUGAAAGGACCUGAGGAGCUGUGUGUGCUUAAUAGCUAAACUGAAAAUAGUUUUAUUAUCUAGUCACAAUUACCCAUUCAAAAGCAACAAUGGUAUUAAAAGCUGAAAAUUUUGAUUGGUGCUUUUAUUUUAGAAGGAUUCAGAGGACACAUACUCCCAGAAUUCACUGUGAUAAUAAAGGUUACAGUCUCAAUACAUUGAAUGCUGUUGACAGCAUUAAAGGAAAAUGUCACUGAUUUUCAAUGGGGCCUUACCAAAACGACGUUGGAAUGAUAAGAAAGUAUGUAAGAAAAUCACUCAGGGACACUGAGAUUUCUCUCUCCUUAUAUGCAGAAUAUUAUAUUAUUCAUUCCUCUGCAAAAGUCUUCUGACACCUCUCGGAAGACUUUUUUUUUGCUUCAGGCUCCCAGACUACACCUAGUUAUCUCUUUACCUGCCCAAGCAAUGGUGAGGCUGAGAGGGGGCGGAGCCAGCCUGCUGGAGCGCAACUGUUUGGUCCGCCAUUGUUUUCCUCGCAUACAUACUUGUACAGCACUAAUAGUCAGUGGCCGAAGGUCACACUGUAGAUCAUUUAGAAGACAACGAGUUCUACAGUAAAAUGAGAUAUCGUGGUUAGUUGUAUGACCCAGAGUACAGCGUUGACGAGUUACUCCGUUUAGGGGGACGGGGCGGCCCUGCAACAGACAGCUGAAAGCCAGGUGCAUCAUGUCCCUGCGCUGAAAGAAGCACAACUGAAUCUAACAGAGAGCUUCAGGCAUUGCUUUACAUUUUUAACAAAAGGUUAUAUUUAGUGGAAGAGCUGGCAACAGCUGUCACACUAUCAAUAUAUUCACUCUUUAUUAUUGUGGGAGAGCUGGCAACAGCUAAUUAUGACUAUUUAAAGACUGAUAAACAGUUUGGUAAUUACCCACACAUGCUUUCCCUAAGUCCUUUCAAAAUAAAAGCUACAAUGCAAUUUAUUAGCUUUUACUGCACCGCUUUUGCCUUUGAAUGGUUAAUUAUGACUAUAUAAAGACUAAUUGACAGUUAUGUAGUUACCCCCACACAUUUCCUCUAAAUCCUUCAAAAUAAAAGCACCAAUUCAAUUCUUUAUCUUAAAUGGCAACAUUUUGGGAAAAUUUCUGGUUCUGACUGAAUUAUUACUAAUCGUUAAUGAGACUAUUUUACAGUUCAGUAAAUAACCUCACACACAAUUAUUAUGGUGCUUUUAUUCUGAAUAGGCUUAAUCUAAAUCUCUUGCUUUGAUAAAGCUAUUUUUGCUUUUGAAUGAUAAAUUAUGACUAUUUAAUGACUAUUUCAUAGUUUUGCAAUCACUCACACACAACCUCUCAAUCAUUUCAGAAUAAAAGAAACAAUAUAAUUUA